UGACACGAAGCAAAAUGGCGAUCAAUCUGAAGAAGAACGGUGAUUCUCUGCAAAAAACAUGGCAACAGGUCUUCGAUGAUAGCUCGGACGUCAACUGGGCCGUGUUUGGCUAUGAUGGCAAGACAAACGAUCUGAAAGUGGUGGAAACGGGAGAUGGUGAUCUGGAUGAAUUGAUAGAUGAACUCAAUGAGGGAAAGAUGCUGUACGCUGCUAUUAAAGUCAUGGAUCCCAAUACAAACCUCCCAAAAAUUGUCUUCAUAAACUGGCAAGGCGAAGGAGUUCCCUCCUCAAGGAAAGGCGUCUGUGCUAAUCAUGUCAGAGACGUUGAAAAAUUCUUUAAGGGGGCUCAUGUAACCAUCAAUGCAAGAUCCCCAGAUGAUGUAGAAGAAAGCAUCGUACUUGACAAAGUUAAGAAAGCUUCAGGUGCAAACUAUAGUUUUCAUAAGGAGAAGGCAAGACCAGCAGAACCUGUUGCUCCUGUGGGAUCUGUUUACCAAAGGGUGCAAGUUCAACAAGAGAUAAAUGUUCAGAAGAGGGAUAACUUUUGGUCAAAAUCAGAGGAAGACGAGAAGAAAAGAAAGGAAGAAGAAAGAAAGCAAGCCAUUGCACAGAAGACUGAGGCAGAGAGGAAAAGAAAAGAACGGGAGGCCAAAGAGGCAGAGGUAAGAGAGAAGCAAUACAGAGAGAGAUCCAGAAGUAUUGAGGAACAAAAGAGAAAGCAACGGGAGGAGGAUGAACGAAAAAAAGAGGAGGAAAGAAAGAGAUGGGAGCAACAACAAGUAGAAGAUGAGAGGGAUAUGCAGCAGCAGAGAGAAAGAGCAAAUUCAUUACGGCAAGCUAGGAUGAAGGAAGCAGAACAAGUUAUUCGCAAAGGUCAGGAUGAAAAACCAAAGUUCCAAGAAAGGAAAGCCCCUGCACCUCCUCCAGCCAAAGCCAGACCACCCGCAAGGAGGCCGCCUCCUCAGGUACAGUCACAUCAACCCGAGCCCGAACCAGAACAAGAACCUGAGCCUGAACCUGUUGCUACAGAGCCUGAGCCAGAACCUGAAGCAGAACCGGAGCCAGAGCCGGAACCGGAGCCGGAGCCGGAGCCAGAGCCGGAACCGGAGCCAGAGCCGGAACCGGAACAAGACCCCACGGACUUGUAUGAUAAUUUUGAUGAACCCUAUGACGCAGUCGAACAACCACUACAGGAUGAUACACCAACGGAGAGUGAGAAUCUCUACGACAAUACGGGCAUGGAUACAGCACCUGCAGUUCAGUCACAAGCUCCAAGUGGUGGCCAAGGAAAAACUGCAAGAGCUUUGUACGAUUAUCAAGCAGAAAAUGAUGAUGAGAUAAACUUUGACCCUGGAGAUAUAAUCACAGAAAUAGACACUUUUGAUGAGGGCUGGUGGAAGGGACGUGGCCCUGACGGCAGGUUUGGGAUGUUCCCUGCUAACUAUGUGGAGCUUAUUGAGGACUCGAGCGAAGUAUCUCAACAACUAGAACCACCUGCUGCUGAGGAGGACAGAGGUCUACAGGCAAGAGCUCUUUAUGACUACCAAGCAAGUGAUGAUACAGAGAUUUCAUUUGAUCCUGAUGAUGUUAUCACAAAUAUUGAACAAAUUGAUGAAGGAUGGUGGAAAGGAGUUGCCCCAGAUGGCUCUAAUGGAUUAUUUCCUGCAAAUUAUGUGGAAAUUAUUUCUUGAAAGAAAUAAGUCCCUCGUAAUACUUUUUUACAAAAUUUUGGUUUAAUUAAAUCAUUGAUAGCGAACUAUCCUGAAAAUCUAGACUACUGCAUGAUUUGAAUGAAUUUCUAGCCAUAUUUCUCUCUCCACUUCUUGAUGCAACUACAAAUGGGCUAGUUACAUAAUUAUCUUUUAAAUGAAUUAACAUGAAUUAAGGAUACAUCCGUUUUGUAUGUUUUUGUACUUGUUUUUGGUAUCUUGUUUCUCACAUUGUAGAAUUGAUAUUGGUGAAGUACUGUAGGCAAUAGUACAAAACAGUGUAAAAAGAAAAACAUCGAACAAAAACAAAGAACUGCACUGCUAUCAUAACUAUUUUUGUAGAUUUUUUUAACUAUCAGUUUCCAGAGUUUAGGUAACUUAUUACUGCUUUCCAUGGUAGACAUUACCAGCUGGAGAAAGGUACGGGUAACAACCUCAAUCUAUAGCUGGUUAGAAAUAAGAAUCACACAUAUCGUUAUCAGCAAGGGUGAUGCUCUAUAGCUGUUAGAAGGUGAUGGCCAUUUUCAUACAAUAACAAUCUUCAUAUCACUAAUCACAAAUGGAGCUCCUACCAUAGACCAAAGGCUACUACUUAUCUAGAAAUCAAGGGUAAGAUGUAAGCACCACCCAGCAGGAUUUGUGGAUUUAUACUCCUCCUAAAUGAAGAAAGACAAUUAAAGUUGUUGCAUAAAAUUGCUAGUGAUUUAAGUGUCGAAGUAAUCUUGCCAACAUCACACGUCAUAUAUUGGUUUUUGAUUUUAGUUAAGAAAAAUGCAGCUUACUUACUGGUAAGUCAAAUUCAAUAUAAGCACUUGUGUGAAAUUUUUUAGUUUUAAGUUAAUCACCAUAGUGUCAACUCUAACAGCGCUACAUGUCAAAGUUUUUACUAGGAAAGAAGUGAGUGUUUCUAUAAGUAAAUAAAAUGAUAAUGAAAAUAA